AGCAGCAGCAGCAGCAGCAGCACCAUCCUAGCUACAAGCCCCAGCAGCAGCAGCAGCAGCAGCAGCAACAUCCUAGCUACAAGCCCCAGCAGCAGCAGCAGCAGCACUACGACCAGCCCCAGCAGCAGCAGCAGCAGCAACAUCCUAGCUACAAGCCCCAGCAGCAGCAGCAGCAACAUCCUAGCUACAAGCCCCAGCAGCAGCAGCAGCACUACGAGCAGCAACAGCCCCAGCAGCAGCAGCAGCAGCAUCCUAGCGACAAGCCCCAGCAGCAGCAGCAACAUCCUAGCUACAAGCCCCAGCAGCAGCAGCAGCAGCAGCCUUCUAGCUACAAGCCACAGGAGCCUAGCUACGAGCAGCAGCAGCAGCAGCAGCAGCAGCAUCCUAGCUACAAGCCCCAGCAGCAGCUCCAGCAGCAACAUCCUAGCUACAAGCCCCAGCAGCAGCAGCAGCAGCAGCAACAUCCUAGCUACAAGCCCCAGCAGCAGCAGCAGCAACAUCCUAGCUACAAGCCCCAGCAGCCGCAGCAGCAGCAGCAGCAACAUCCUAGCUACAAGCCCCAGCAGCAGCAACAACAUCCUAGCUACAAGCCCCAGCCCC